AUGGAUGAGCAAGACUCAGCUGGCCCUGAAGCAGGAAGAGACCAUACCAUCAAAACCGAGAGCAGUGAAGGAUUCAGGGAAAGCUCCAUGCAGAAGAUCCUGGGUGAGGAGGACACCCUCCACUCUGAUAUGAAGAGCCAGCAGUUCAGGCAGUUCUGCUACCAGGAGGCCAAAGGACCCCGAGAGGUUUGCAGCCGACUCCACCACCUUUGCCAUCAGUGGCUGAAGCCAGAAAGGCACACGAAAGCUCAGAUGCUGGACCUGGUGGUCUUGGAGCAGUUCCUGGCUGUCCUUCCACCAGAGAUGGAGAGCUGGGUGAGGGAAUGUGGAGCGGAGACCAGUUCCCAGGCGGUGGCCCUGGCCGAAGGAUUCCUCCUGAGUCAGGCAGAGGAGAGGAAGCAGGCAGAGCAGCAGGUGAGAGAGACUUUCUUCUGGAUACUCCCAAGGGGCUCUGAACAUGAGGGAAAGUAUCCCAAAAUUCUCUCCUAAUGGCCCAUCCUUUUUUUUGGAAAGCAUCCAAAGAAUGAUAUCGGAUACCACCAAAUUUCCCCCCUCAGACAUUUCUUUUCUAAUCCAUCUCCCCAUUCUCUGCUUUAAUCUUUGUUGCUUCUUCAGGGAAAGGAUCUGUUUGCAGAAGUGGGCUUAGAUUCCUUUGAGACAGAGAGGACUCCGUUGGACACCAGAGAGAGGCCACUGGGUAAGGAGGAAUGGGUUUUUUCUCUGUUUGGUCACAUUCUGUGGAUUUUGAAACUAAUCUGCGGGUUCUUUUAAUCAUCUUGGAGAAGACACUGAAUUGUGUAUUUUUGCACAACUAAAAUAUGAAAUGGAUACCAAUGUCUCACAUGCACUCAGCAGGUGACACUAUUUCUUUGGUCCGUCUGUGGUUAGAGAAAGCAUGCACUCAUGGUCUCCCACCUCCCUUUAUUUCUCUCAGGUGACAGAAGGAUGCCAGCAAGACCUCCUCAUCCAUCUUUCCAUGGUAGCGGAGAGGAGGCAGUGGCUGUAGAACCAGAUGAGGUAAGGGAAGGAGCAUUGUGGGGAAAGGAGCAGUCAGGGUUCCUCUGAGGCUGAGGAAAUCUCUCUCUUCCUGCUCUGUCUUACUGCUGUAUUGAUGGUGGAAUGCUGGUAUAUAUUGGGAAGCUGGUAAGAAACCAUAGAAAAAAGUUGCCAGGAUUCACCUCAUCAGCCUCAUCAGUUGCACAGUGGGCUUCUUCCCACUUUUCUCCUGCUCUCCGUGCCCCCAUGCGCCCCCUGAACUUUGCUUUUGCGCAUCAGGAGAGUUCCACCCCAGAACUGCGCACAGGGAGAGUAAAGGGGGGGGGAUCCUUCUCACUGGCAACAGGAAUGCUUUCACAGACAUAGUGAUUUGAAGACCACCAUGUGGAGUUCCACCCGUUCAUACAAAGAUGAAUACCCAUCGUUUAAAGACACAAUAAAAAAAUAAAUCAAGAUAUUAAAGGAAGCACCCAGACUUAAAAUGUUCAGCACAACAUUCCCAUUAAAACAACAAAGCAAUUAACAGGCAGAAAACAACAGAGCAAUGUCAUAGAAUUCUAGAAUUGCAGAAUUGGUAGGGACCUAACUACUUUGAAUGAACUGAAAUCUCCAGGGCCGGAUCAGCUGCAUCCAAUAGUACUAAAGAAGCUUGUGGGUUCAAUUUCAGAGCCUUUGUCUAUUAUAUUUGAGAAAUCUUGGAGAACAGAUGAGGUCCCUACAAACUGGAGGAGGGCAAAUGUCCCCAGCUUUAAAAAGAGGGGAAAAGGAAGAACCAGUUAACUACAGACCGGUGAGCUUGACAUUGAUACCAAAGAAGGUAUCAGAACAGAUAAUUCAACAUUUGGUCUGUGAGCAUUUAGAAAAGGAUGCUGUGAUUAGUAAGCAUGGUUUUCUCCAAAGUAAGUCAUGCCAGACCAUUCUAAUUUCUUUUUUUGAUGGAAUUACAAACCCGGUGGAUCAGGGGAAUGCUGUGGACAUAGUGUAUCUUGAUUUCAAUAAGGCUUUUGACAAAGUCCCCCAUGAUAUUCUCGCAAGGAAUCUGGUGAAAUGUGGGUUGAACGAGGUAAGUGUUAGGUGGAUUUGUAGCUGGUUGACUGACUGAACCCAAAGAGUAGUCAUUCAUGGUUCCUCGUCAUACUGGAAAAUAGUGACAAGUGGGGUGCCACAGGGAUCUGUCCCGGGCCCGAUGUUGUUCAACAUUUUUAUAAACGACUUGGCUGAAGGAACUGAGGAGUUAUUAAUCAAAUUUGCAGAUGACACCAAACUGGGAGGGGUAGCUAAUGCCACAGAAGACAAAAUCAAAAUUCAAAAUGACCGUAACAGAUUAGAGAACUGACUGCAAGCUAACAAUGUGAAUUUCAGUAGGGACAAAUGUCAGGUUCUGCACUUAGGCAGGAAGAACCAGAUGCACAAAUAUAGGAUGGAGGACACCUGGCUUACUAGCAGUACAUCUGAAAUGCAUCUAGGGGUCUUGGUGGACCACAAGCUUAACACGAGUCAACAAUGUGAUGCAGCAGCAAAAAAAGUGAAUGCUAUUCUAGGCUGUAUCAACAGAAGUCUAGUAUCCAGAUCAAGGGAAGUAAUAGUUCUGCUCUAAUUUGCCUUGGUCACACCUCACCUGAACUACUGUGUCCAGUUUUGGAAGCCACAAUGUAAGAAGGAUGUUGACAAGCUGAAACGUGAGCAGGGCGACUAGGAUGAUCAGGGCUCAGGAAGCCAAGCCUUAUGGGGAACAGCUCAGAGAGUAUGUUUAGCCUGGAAAAGAGGAGCUAUGAUAGCCAUCUUCAGAUAUCUGAAGGGUUGUCACAUGGAGCAAGCUUCUUUUCUCCUGCUCUAAAAGGCAGGACUCGAAUAAAAGGCUUCAAAUUGCAGGAAAGGAGCUUCUGACUAGACAUACGUAAAACCUUCUGACACAGCUGUUCAACAGUGGAACAGUCUCACUCCGGAGGGUGUGGACUCUCCUUCCUUGGAGGUUUUUAAGCAGAGGUUGGAUGGCCAUCUGUCAGGGAUACUUUAGCUGAAAUUCCUGCAUCGCAAGGGGUUGGACUAGAUGGCCCACAGGGUAAUAGAAUCCUAGAGUUGGAAAGUACCCAAAGGUCAUCUAGUCCAACCACCAACGAAGGAGAGUCUACAGUUUCGCAAGGGAGUAGCAAUUAUAUUUCAUUCUGUUAGUUGGGCUGGAUAGGGGAAUUUGUAGCUGGUUGCCUGACAGAAUUUCAAGAAGAUGAACAUAGAUGGUCUGUGGUGCAUGAAACCCUAGAUCAAUGGGUUUCUUUUUCUUUUUUUUAAUCUGCCUUUUCUAAGUGCUCACAGACCAAAUGUUUGAUUAUCUGUUCUAGGACCUUCCCUGAUAUUGAUGACAAUGUCACUGGCCAGUUAGCGUAGUAGAUAAUCUUUAUGCUGUCUUAGAGGAAAAUACUUUUCUAUUUUAGGGUCCGGUGUGCUUUGAAGAUGUAGCUGUUCAUUUCACAGACGAGGAGUGGGCAUUGCUGGAUCCUGGCCAGAGAGCUCUGCAUAAAGAACUAAUGGAGGAGAAUCAUAGGAUCAUGGACUCUCUUGGUAAGGCUCCCUGUUGGAUCACGAUAUCUGUUUUGAAAUUCCAUACGUAUAUCUAUGUGACAAAUCUCCAAUAAUUUGUUGGAGCUCAGCAGGGCAAUCUAUAGCAGCUGGGAUUUUAACACACCCACAUCUCUAAAAGAUUUGCCUGCACAUAUUCUUCCUCAAGUUCUGUCUUUUUAAACAGUGAUCAGGCUGGACUGAACUGCCAAGGCCUUUUAAAAUGUAGGCUUAAGGUUGUAAGCGAAGUUGAAGGAAUUUCAGUUGGGUUAUUCGUUUUUGGUUGACGAAAGAGAUGACUUGACAUUGGAGAUGGAGCAGACUCCAUAUUGGACUCAACAUAAUCCAUCAAAGAAAAGAGCCUGGUUUUUUUAUCCUUGUUUUUCUGACUUAGAAGAGCUGCAUUUCUUUUCUUCCUGAAACUCUAAUGAAUUUCUCUCUUGGUUGCAGGUGCUGAAGAAUUGCAAAUGAAUGAGGAAGACCCUGACAGAAUCCACACACAGGAGAAGCCGCUUAAAUAUUCGGGGCCUGGAAAGAGAUUCAGUCAGAGCUCCCACUCCACUUCCAAUCUAACAAAUCUACUGGGGAAAAAGCUCUAUCAGUGUUUGGAAUGUGGAAAGAACUUCUGUCGGAAAUCCCGCCUGACUUAUCAUCAAGUAACUCACAGCGGGGAGAAACCGUAUCAGUGCUUACAAUGUGGAAAGCGUUUUAGUUGGAAGAGAAGUUUCGCUUCCCAUCAAAAAAUUCAUACAGGGGAGAAACCCUAUCAGUGCUUGGAAUGUGGGAAGAGCUUCAAACGGAAGGAUGCUUUAACUUUCCAUCAAAGAAUUCAUACAGGGGAGAAACCCUAUACCUGCCUGGAAUGUGGAAAGAGCUUCAGCCGGAAACAUAGUCUGACUUUCCAUCAAAGAAGUCAUACAGGGGAGAAACCCUAUACCUGCUUGGAAUGUGGAAAGAGCUUCAGUCAGAGGGCCAGUCUCACAGUCCAUCAGAGAAUUCAUACAGGGGAGAAACCAUAUAGGUGCUUGGAAUGUGGAAAGGGGUUCUAUGGGAAGAAUAUGCUCACUUCUCAUCAAAAAGUUCAUACAGGGGAGAAACCCUAUCAGUGCUUGGAAUGUGGAAAGAGUUUCCGUCACAAGGGCGAGCUCACUGUCCAUCAAAGAAUUCAUACAGGUGAGAAACCGUAUCAGUGCAUGGAAUGUGAAAAGAGCUUCACUCAGAAAUCCAGUCUCACGUCCCAUCAAAGAUUCCAUACAGGGGAGAAACCAUAUGAGUGCUUGGAGUGUGGAAAGAGGUUCAGUUGGAAGACAAUGCUCACUUCCCACCAAAUGAUUCACACAGGGGAGAAUCCGUAUCCAUGCUUGGAAUGUGGAAAGAGCUUCAAUCGGAAGGAUAGUCUGACUCUCCAUCAAAGAACUCAUACAGGGGAAAAACCAUAUCAGUGCUUGGACUGUGGAAAGAGCUUCACUCAGAGAGCAGGUCUCAUGUACCAUAAAAGAAUUCAUACAGGGGAGAAACCGUAUCAAUGUAUGGAAUGCGGAAAGAGCUUCACUCACAGAGCUGGACUCGUGUCCCAUGAAAGAUUCCAUACAGGGGAGAAACCAUAUGAGUGCUUGGAGUGUGGAAAGAGGUUCAGCUGGAAGACAAUGCUCACUUCCCACCAAAUGAUUCACACAGGGGAGAAUCCGUAUCCAUGCUUGGAAUGUGGGAAGAGCUUCAAUCGGAAGGAUAGUCUCACUUCCCAUCAAAGAAUUCAUACAGGGGAGAAACCAUAUCAGUGCUUGGAAUGUGGAAAAAGCUUCACUCAGAGAGCAGGUCUUAUGUACCAUCGAAGAAUUCAUAUGAGAAGAAACCAUAUCAGUGCAUGGAAUGUGGAAAGUGUUGCAUUCAAAGAACCAGUCUCACUUCUCAUUGAGUAA